GAACUAGCCUACUCUUCUAUCUUUCUAUCCUUCUGUCCUCCUAAUACCCACCUCCAUGGAACCCGGUCAAUUCCAUGCCUAUAACUUUUCCUAUCUGAUACUUCGAGAGUUGUUCUUUCGCUUGGUUGUUUGUUUUGAAAUUGAGUCUUCCCUUUCCAGGGAGAUAAUAGCCUUUUGGUUGUGGCUCCAAGGAAAUAGCCAGGCUGCUUUCCUUUUGAGCAUCGAGUCUUUUGAUGAUGACCAUUUUCAUGUGAUUGCUUCUGGUGCAAAACCUUUUGUUGAGAUUCUCCAUUUUGAGUUUGAUGGCUCAGAUCCUAGAUCUGUACCGAGAAAUCACUUUCGGAGGGAAGCUAUUGAAGGGAUUUCUUUCUACCUCAACAAAGUUUGUUAUGAGGCCUUACAAGUUCUUCAAGAAAGAGCAAAUAUGAACUUUCUCCAUAAUCAGACGGCACAUCUGUACCAAAAAUCCUAUGGAGAAUUCAUGAAUGAUAGGGUUCCUAUAUGCUCGAUGACAGAUCUACACAGAGAGGCAUAUGGCAAUUCCAUGAAUGACCAGGUUCCUUUGAGCUCGAAGCACCUUCUGACCAAGAUCAAGGCUUUGUAUGCUAACACUCAAAAUCAUCAUGGUGGAGAAGGCACAAGUUCUAGAAAUCUGCAUCUUCAAACAAGUCAUAUGCUCCUUCAAGAUAUAAAGGGAGUAUACGAGUGUCAGCCAACCUCCCGUUUGGUGACAUUGUUUGAUAACUUGAGCUUCAGAGAGAGGCAUGAUAAUCCAAUCAUGCAGCAGCUAUCUGACGUUCCACGUGAUGAGAGAACUUUGUUUGUAACAUUUUCCAAUGGCUACCCACUGACCAAAGAUGAACUGCAUGAUUUUUUCAUGAGGCACUAUGGAGAUGUUGAAGAGAUAACAGUGGAAGAACCAAUUGGAAACAAACAACCCUUAUACGCACACGUUAUAUUUUACUCACAGGUGACGCUCUUCCGUGUCCUUGAUGGGAACUUGAGAGUCAAGUUCAUGACGAGGGGAAAACAUCUGUGGGCUCGUCAGUAUGUGCCUAAGAAAAAGAAUACUAAAUCAUGAUGAGCAAAAUCCGACUCGUUAGUAUUGAUAUCCUAUCCCAAGCAUCUCUGAAGCAUUGGAAAAAAUGUACUUCUAUAAUUACUCUUGUGCAGUCUGCACCUUACUACUCUUUUGUAAUCUAGAUUUAUGGCCAUUGUUCUGAACUUCAAAUGUAUGGCAUUGUAAUCACUCAAAUUUGUACGUGUUAAGGGUUGCAAAUCAAUACUUUUGGUAUGACAGUAUUUACAUUUGAA